CUUCCCCAAUCUCCACAAUCCACAUCUCGUCCGACGACGACGGCGGCGAAUCCGAUCCGAAGCUCUUCCUAGGGUUUCUACCUUCCAUCGAGAUUGGCUUCGAGGUACCUUCGUUGCUAUUGCCUAUUAUUUUGAUUCUGAUCGCCGCCGACCAUAGUUAGGAUUAGGGUUUCGUAUUCGAAGAGUCCUUUUGAAUCUUAGAUUAGGGUUCGUUGUAUGCUCGAGCUUAAAGGUUAGGGAUUUAUUGAGGAUUGUUGUUAGAAUCCUCCAUUAGUUUUGUUUUCUGCAUUGCCAUCAUUAAUUAAGGAAUUGCAUCGGGAAGAAAAGGAACCUUUGUGGAUUUGAUCCAGUUUAGGCCAUAAAGGAACCUGUUUGAAGAGUAGUUUUGCUCCAAGUUCAACUCUUUUAUGGCCUUUGCAUCUCCGGAGAUAGAAAGACCGUCACCGGAGAAGUUUGUUGACAGUCCUUUGGACGAAGAUAUUCCUUUGACUCGCGUGAAAUCUCAGGAGAGGUUUAGCAGCAAAUCUUCCCCAUUGGAAUCUGCUUGUGUUCCUUUGAAGAGAGGUGAUUCCAAAUCUGGAACCACAAUUGCUGAUGGUUCAGGUUCUGGCGGUAAGCUGAGGUCCUUCACUGACCUGCCGACGAAUUUGGUGUAUGAGAUUCUGCAGCGUCUCGAUGCUAAAGAGCUUGGUGUUGUGUCCUGUGUCUCUACUCUGCUGAAUAGCCUUGCGUCUGAUCAUCAUGGUUGGAAGGAUUUCUACUGUGAGAGGUGGGGUGUUCCUUUUGGUCUGAAUGCUCAAUCAUCUAAUCAGAAGUCGUGGAAGGAGUUAUUUGUGGACAGGGAAUUUCGGAGUAAAUCUUUUAUGGGGAGGUUUUGCAUAGAUGUGCUCCAUGGACACACUGAAGCUGUUCGGUGUGUAUUUCUUCUCCAAACUGCAAAACUUAUCUUUACUGGAGGAUAUGACACUGCUGUGCAUGUGUGGGACAUGGAAGAAGGCUUGUCAAUUGGGGUGUCUCGCUCUCUUGGUUGCACAAUUCGAGCCAUUACUGCUGAUUCAGAGCUCUUGAUUGCUGCAGGAACUGAUGCUUUUCUGCAGUGUUGGAGAGCAAUUGAAGGCCAUCCUCAUCUGUUUGACAUUGCAGCUUCUUUGAACCACAACUCCAACUUCCGCCUUUGGGGGCACGAAGGGCCUGUGACUUGUCUUGCGCUGGAUUCAACCAGAAUUUACAGUGGUUCGUGGGAUACAAGUGUUCGUAUAUGGGAUCGAGCUCAUUUGAAGUGCUUAAGGACAUUGAGACAUGGCGAUUGGGUUUGGUCUAUUGCUCCUCGAGGCAGCACGGUUGCUAGCACAAGUGGUAGAGAUGUUUAUGUUUGGGACACUGACAAUGGAUAUUUGACUACUAUUAUUCAUAAUGCUCAUGUAGGUAAUGUAUAUGCGUUGGCUCGAAAUCAUUCAGGGGAUCUUCUAUUUACUGGAGGUGAAGAUGGUGCAAUUCGCAUGUACAUGGUUUGUGACCAUUGUGAUGACGAUGAUAUUAAGCCAGCUGCAACUUGGAUUCCUCACACCGGCUCCGUGCAUUCGCUUUCUUUUGAGUUUCCAUGGGUCGUGUCAUCUUCAAGUGAUGGGAGAAUUGCAUUGAUCGAUGUGCAGAAGCUACUAAAGUGGCGACAAUCUUGUUCUUCAAGGCAACGUUACAAAGUAAAGCACUCAGCCCCAGAAGCAGUGGAGCCUCCCCAAAGGAUGCUGCACGGUUUUGGAUGCAAUCUUUUCUCUGUGGCAAUUGGAUCCGAUCGGAUUAUUUGUGGGGGUGAGGAAGGUGUUGUUAGAAUCUGGAACUUCUCACAAGCACUUGAAAUCGCAAAAAAGGUUGAAGCCCUCAGAAGCAUCAGGUUGGAGAACCGGAUGAGGCGACGGAAAGCGCAGACUGAGAUGAGCGGUAACGGCGCACGAGCUGAUCAAUGUUCAGUUUCAGCAAAAAAGAAUCAGCUGAAUGCAGAACGCAUUGGUGUUUGGCACAGCAAGCGUGGCUUAACCGGAAAGCUCAAGCCCUAGAGAUUGCUAAUCCAUUCACUUAAACAAAAGUACUUGAUGCUCUAUAUAAUAGUUCUGUAGAAUGUUUGUCAGUCUUUAAGUUUAGCCGGGAACAUUCAAUUCUCCAUUGAUUGGAAAUUCAUCUUCUCUCAUUUGCAACUUUGAUAAGCUAAACUUGAUUUUUUUUCCACUUAACAUUUUGUUUAAAUUGAAUUAUCUUUAUAAUAAUUCGGUAGAAUGUCUCUGUUUUGAUCCAAAAA